AUGUCCUACAGCAAUACCGAUGUUGGCGACAAGCCAGCGGAUCCCUACAAAGACAAAAACUUACAAUCACCCGACCUGAAAACAAAAAUCGAAGAUCUUGUCAAAUUCACUGAAGCAUGCAAAUUCGGCAUGAUGACAACAAGAGUUGGUAGCAGCGGGCUCCUCACUUCAAGAUGCAUGGGCGUAGCUGCAAGAGAAGGCAACGGCAUUGAUCUAAUCUUCCAUACCAACACUGAAUCUGGCAAGACCGACGACCUUGAGUCUGACCCCAAGAUCAACAUCGCCUUUCUCAAUGCCACUGGCGAGUGGGCCUCCAUAAGCGGCGAAGCGGCGAUCAUUACUGACCGCGACGUGGUCAAGAAGUACUACUCUGCUGCCCUGAAGGCCUGGCUAGGAGAUCUGGGUGAUGGGAAACAUGACGGUGGACCCAAUGAUCCAAGGAUUGGGUGCAUUAAGGUUACUGCAAAGACUGCGACGUAUGCGAUCAAUGAUGGGACGAUAAUUGGCCGCGGGAUAGAGGUAGUCAAGGGUGCCGUGACGGGAGAGGCACCAAAGGUCAAUAAGUUGAGAGAGAUUAGUGAGCAGGAGCUGCAGCAAUGUAGGUGA